GAGACCAUGGAGUCCCCCUCUCUGCUUCUCUGCCAAGGGCUGCUGCUCACAGCCUUGCUCUUAGCAUGCUGGAACACACCCACCACUGCCCAGCUCACUAUUGAACUAGUGCCCCCCAUGGUGGCUGAAGGUGGAAACUCCGUUCUAUUCGUGCAUAAAAUGCCAUUGAACGUGCAGGCAUUUUACUGGUACAAACAGAAAGAUCCCACCAGGAGCUAUGAAGUUGCGCGGUACUUAACACCCGAUAACACAACGUCGAAGAUGCCUCAACACAUUGGCAGGAGGACGGUAUUCUACAGUGGAUCCCUGCUGAUCAGAAACGUCACCCAGGCUGACAGUGGACUCUACACCUUGCUAACAUUUAACACAGAAAUGGAAAGUGAGCUAACACACGUGCAUCUGGAAGUACACAAGCCUGUGGCACAGCCCACCCUCCAAGCAGACAAGACCGCAGUAACAGAAGAUGGCUCUGUGACCCUCACUUGCCUCACGGAAGACCCUGGAUUCUCCAUCCGCUGGCUCUUCAAUCACCAGAGCCUGUAUCUCAACGGCAGGAUGACACUGUUCCAGAAAAACAGCGGACUCAGCAUAGAUCCCAUCAGGAGGGGGGACGCUGGGGAGUAUCAGUGUGAGGUCUCCAAUGGAUACAGUUCUAAGAUGAGUCCCCCAAUCCAAAUAUCUGUGACCAGUGAGUGA